UAACGAAUGAAAGAAAAUAAUGAGAUGUGUCUAAAACUAGAGUUAUUUCAUGUCGAUCCGCGAUUCAAAACCACUUGUGCACACAAUUGUCACGUCUUGGUGGGGAAAAAGAGAGGAAAAUAAAAAGAUAUUCCUCCGAUGUGUACCCAAGAAGUAACGCAAAGAAAAGCAAAUAAAAAUAUUUCCAUUUAGUUCAAUUGUACUGGUAGCACGAUAUUAGAAUAAUGAGCAACAUUAGUUUGCUUCUGUUCUCUCACAUUUAUCCACGCAUGUUUUGUCACACGUUCGUUUCCGUCCCUUUUUUUGCUCUCCGUGGUUAAAGGUGGCAGGAUUUCUGGGUGGCUUUUCAGGUGACCACGUGUUUUCUUUCUAGAUCAUUGCCCGCCAUUCAUCAUCAUCACCUUCCUCAUCUUCUGUUUUCACGUUGUGUGUUGAAUUAUUACGACUUACAACUGGAGCCUGCUGUGGGUGGCUCAGCGUUAUCCAGAGUAAAGUAGAUUUGAGACCACUUGGCGACGACCUGUCGACUGUUAUUUUCAUUCUUAAUCACACAUUGCGACGGAACAGACUUCCCUCACUUUCUAAACAACCUUUUAUAACCCUCUGAAGUAUAAAUUCCCGAUAAAUAGUUAUUGUUUAUCGAAACGCCGAGUGUUUUCGUUGGGUGGCGAGCGAUGAACAUAGCCGACAUAAUUCCAAUCGAUCUGAGUAACGAUCGCGACUACCCAACAACUUCAUCCAACAAUUCAUCGUUAGACGUCGAGGUGGACAGUAGCAACGAGCGCCAUCUACCAGCAGGGAUGAGCUAUGACAAAAGUGAGCCACGUGUAUUACGAUCGUCGUCCAUCAGCCAAUCACUGUACGUGCAAACGCCACACGAAAGUAUCCUGAAUUUUCCUCCGCCGACUGCAUCACCGCCGGAAAAUCUCCUGGAAGUUGAACCCUCCGGAAGUGGAAAGAGUUACUCGGUUCUUACGAUCAAUUACGCUAGAUCUCAGGAUCCGGGAUGCUGUAGAACUAGUGAACCUAUUGGAUACGAAAGUAGUGGUGAUUUCAGUUCUAAAUCGUAUGAGUGUCUCCAGCCAGCCAGUUACGAUCCUGUGGGGAACGGUGCUCAACGAAAAGUGACCACACUCAGUCCGUACGAUACCAGUUUGUGGAAGAAACGUGCGCUUGAAAUUGAAAAAGACUUGCUAUCCAAUACAUUCGUCACCUACAACGAGAACUACAGUAUCCUACUACACCCUCACCAAAGGCACCAGAAUAUUAUUAUGAAACGCCUUCAUACAACCCACCACCAUCUGGAUCUGCUGCUUAUAGCAUGGAUUCCAACAAUAACAAUUCCAUCCACAACAUUCCAGGAUCUCAACACAAUUCGCAAUGGUUCAUCUCAAGCAAUGCUGACGGAUACAGCUAUUACUAUUUGCCGUAAAAUGGAAAUGUUUUGAACUGUACCAAA